AUGUCAAAGGUUUCCUUUAAGAUCAUGCUGACGUCCGACCUGUGGCUACUGUACAAAGCAUUCAGUGUUCUGGAAAGUAUACCUUUCAGAGCAGUCUUAAAGUUUGCAGCAGAAGAAUUUAAAGUUCCUGCAGCCACAAGUGCAAUUAUUACCAAUGAUGGAAUAGGAGUAAAUCCUGUACAGACUGCUGGAAAUGGUUUUCUAAAGCAUGGUUCAGAACUGUGA